AUAAUGGUUAUGUUCAAAUGUAGUAGGUGCAUAUCACCUGUUGACCUAGUUUAUGAUAUCGUUUUAAUUUUAAUUUAAUUUUAAUAGAAUCACAAAUAAAAAUUUAUUAAAAAUUAAUAAAAUUGAAAGAUUGCAAGAAAAUAUCAACAUUCAGUGAAACAAAAUCUGUAUACGCGUUGUCAGGUCAUUUAGUUAAUACACGAUCGUAUUCUUAGUAGAUAAUACAAACAAAUAUUUUUUUUACAUACAAGAUGCGAAGUUUAUGAUUUGAAUGAUUCAAUGUAAUCAAGCAUUUACGAGUUCAACAAGAGUCAAUUAAUGUUAUUAGAUCAUAAGCCAAUUUAUUUCCGAGAAAAAAGCUUGAUAAAGAUGCACUAUUACAGAUCAAUGUCAAAGCUGUAAAAUGCAUCUUUACCGUUUUAAGUUGUGGCCUGUGUUUUUAGCUGGAUAUGGAAUUGGUUUCCUUCUUGCAUUCAUCUUCUUUGCUGCUCAAGAUUUCUUUAAUGGCGUUUCCACUUGUCAGAAAUCAAAAUUAAAUCUAUACUCUGCAAGCAGAAGUGAUCUUUUUAAAUGGUUUAUAUCUGAUGUAUGGAUUACGGAAGAGACUGUCUUUCAAAGUUGGAAAGAAUCAGCAAACACGACAUAUAGUGAAUGGUUGACUAAUAGAAAACUGAAGAUAAGAGACAUUGACGUGGACAAGUAUCUUUAUGGACCUAAAAUUAAGGAAGAAUUGGAAUCUACCUGGUUGAAGUUGCAUAUUCAUGUCACUUGCGUUGUGUUUGUAAAAAAUAUUAAAUUGGCUAGAUCCAUUCAGGAUACCUGGGGAAAGCAUUGUAACAAGAUAUACUUCUUUGGCCAAGUGAAAGAUUCCAAAGUACCUAUUAUAAAUUUCGAUAUUAAAUUAGUAUCAUCGUGGCAAAUGUUAUGCGAAGUAUUUAAUUAUAUUUGGAGGAGCAAUGAAGUUUUAGAAUGGCUUAUCUUUGUAAAAGAUGACACAUUAGUGAUCCUUGAGAAUUUGCGGUAUAUGCUUGGUCCGUUGAAUUAUACUCAGGAUCACUAUCUGGGUCAUGCAGUUAUUCUCUGGGGCCAACCUUAUAACAUAGCUGAUGCAGGAUACGUUAUUAGCGUGGGAGUUCUUAGGAAGCUAAUUAAAAUGUUUGAUAACUCAGAGAAAUGCAUGACCAGCGGCAAGUAUUGGAAACAGGAAGAUUAUUAUCUUGCCAAGCAUCUGGCCUCAAUAGGAAUUUAUCCUUCUGAUACAAGGGACCAGUACUUACGGGGCACUUUCCAUGGGUACCCCUUGCAAUCUUUAUUGUGGGGUGUUGUUAAAACUGGUGUUUAUUGGACUCGUGCAUUGUACCCCAUAAAAAACGAGUGUUGCUCGUUUAUGUCUGUUACUUUUAAUGUAGGGGAAUCAGAAAAAAUGUACACCUUGAAUUAUUUAUUAUAUCAUUUCCAUGUCUUAAACAAAAAAGCUAUUUUUGGAAGUAAGAAUGCAGUAACUUCCAUAUCUGACGAAGAUGUCUGGAAAGUCGCUUUGAAAGAAGAGUUUAACAUUACAAAUUUAAAUACGAUUUCUAGCGAAAUGUACUAUGAAAUAUGGCACUCGAAAUAUUCUGAACCGGGACAAUUAAUUGGCAAGAAUUAUCGGAUUAAUGAUUAAGAUGAAUCCAAAUAAAUCUACCGUAUUUUUAUACGUCUUAUACUUAAAAGAUUUUAUUAAUCAAGUUUUAUAACGUUGUUUGAUAUUGUACUUUAAUAAUUUUGAAGUACAACAAUGUUUGUAUUAAAUAGUUUAAUAAUUGUUGAAAUUGUAAAUCUGGUUGUGAACGGACAUAGAAUAUUUAUAGAACGACAUUGUUAAAAAUUUGAAAUGUUUAUCAGCUUUUACAGUUUAUUAAUUAGCUCUAGUGAUACGACAAAUGUGGGAACAGCAGAGUGGUGUUGUUUGAUAACUGUUUUCCUUGUUACGCCAUCAUUGCUUUAUCUGACUAAUUAAGAGCUCAUUAACGCUUACAAUGGCACUGAUAAUCAAACCACAACUCCAAUUUUAUAUAUGUCAAGAAUACUGGAACAAUGUUUUACCUUAUGUUUCUCUAUGUAAAUUAUUUAUCUUUGGAUAGUGAAGAUGGCUAUACAAAGGUAUUACAGAGAAUUAUUUUUAGCUGUAAGUAUACUAAUACAGUACCUGAUAAUAUACAGAUAAUAUACAGGAUAUGCAUAAAGUGUUACAAGCUGUUACAAACCGUUAUAGAUAUCGAAUUGAAAUUUUGAAAAAUAGAUGAGCUUCUUAUGAAUGGAAAGGGUACAACCCCUAAUUUUUUAAAACGGAACGUAAUGUUAAUCUUCUGUUAUUCCAAAAGAUAUUUUUCAUUCAUAUUUAUUUAUUUAUUUACCAUUCUUGGAACUAUUGAUGCAUAAAUGUUUUUUUAGUCUUCUCAUCGUAUCAUCUUUCGAUGUGGGCGGCGUGAUUAUUCCAUGACAAUAAAUGUAUGAUUUUUUUAGAGAAAAA